UUUUUCUCUCUGGAAAUGUCAGUUUAGUUAUUUCAGUGCAAUAUAUUGGCAUGGGCAAACAGGACAAUCCUUGUCCAUGUGGUAAUCCGAAAUCCUGUUGUUGCACUGAGAAGCAAUGUAGUAGGAAGGCCACCAAAACCGAACCGGAACGUGUUCCGUGCAAGUGUGGGGCUAAAGCGGAACCCGAACAAACGGAAACUAAAUGUAACCCUAAAACUGAGAAGUCACGAAAACGAAGCAAAAAGUGCUGUUUAAUUUCCUAAAUUCAAGCGAUUACUUAUUUAGAAUUUCAAAUCGAAAUGUCAAAAUACUGUGCUGCCCUUUUUUGUCGAAAAUUCUGUGUAUAAAUUUGCCGGCUAAAAAUGAGUAAGCCUGGCUGUGGGAAGUGCGAAGCCUGCCCCUGCGGAAGUUCCAAGGCAGGUGGAAGUGGCAACAACACUAGCGGCCGCGCCGGCUGCGAUUGCAAAGCCGGUCCCAGCACAGGUACGAACACGCCCAGGUCUGCAGCAUGUAGCACGGAUAAGCCCCGGGUGCACAGCCCAAAGAUUGAUUGCAUGUGCAAGCCAGUCCGACAAAAGGAAGAGGAAUGUGCCGAUCACUACACCUGCAGCAGACAACGUCCCCAACCGCCACAGCUGGACUUGCAAUGUAACUGUAAAGAAAAACCGAAGAUAGAGUGCGCCUGUCCUAAAGAGCCGCCAGUCCCCAAGUGUCCUCCCAAAGAACCAACGCAUGAGUGUGUCGAGUGUGGUACCGAAAAAUGUGACUUUAAACCGAACUAUAAUGCUCCCGGUCUGGGCAACUGUGGACACUGUAGCGCGACAAACAAAAGAAAAAAGAAGGGCUGUUCCAUACAAUGAUCGGAGGGACUAACAAUAUAAAUCCCGAAAAAGCGCGUUAAGGCGGCAAAGCACGGCAAAUUCAGGCAUUACUCUAUUCAAAAUUUCCCGUAACCCAUUAUACUUACGAAACUCCUACCCACCAACCAAAACUUAUAUAAAGAAAGAAAUAAACUAAUUAAAGUCAGGACUACAAUA